AUUUUUUGGAACUUAGACUUGGUUCUAGAAACACAAAAAUAAAACAAGUUGAGUACUGUACUACUUAAGGGAUUUUUUUAAUGAUACCAUUUGUUAAACAUGGCCAGCUAAUAUUGCAACUGCGCUAGCCUUGUUCAUCUUCUUUCUUAUUUGGACCAAAAGCUCUCAAAAAACUGGCAAAUAGUGUCAUUUUACCAAAUAUCAAAUGAGCGAGAGAACUUUUGUAGUGAUAUUCUUCUUCUGGGCUGCUCUCACAAUUGUCACUCCUACUCUUAUUCUUCUAUCAGAGUCUUCAAAGCCUGAUUUGCAUUCCAAUGUUGAUAAACUCGGAGGAGUGUUGAAUCCUAGGAGAAUGAUGGGUUAUGCAGAGAAGCAAGCAAUGACAACUAUUGUACCAUCAGCAGCAAUAGAAGCUCCAACACCUUCUCCGGCACCAGAACCGGUCUUGGGAAUUAGAUGGUCUAAUUUCAGAAGAAUUUUUGAGCAGCAAUGAAAUUAAUGUUUGCUCAAAGGUAUAUAUAUUAUUUCAUUUGAGGCUGCAUGUCAUGGCUAUGCAGUUUUCUUUUUUUUUUCUUUAUCAAAUUCUUUCAAGAUUAAAACAGUCUAUUGAGGCCUUAUUUAUAGUCCAGUCAUUAGUGGAAGUGGAAGUUAAGAGUUGUAUAUAUAUGUAUACAAUUGCUACAUGAAAACAAUUACCAUAGAAAGUUUCUUGUCUUGUAAACGAAGUCAAUUUGGUUUAAACAGCAUUCUUUUUCUUGAAAACAGAACACAA